UACAUUGAUCAAAACCUCCCCAUACACAAACUCCGUCUCCACAUAUGGAACCCCGGCGCACAACUUCUCAUCUCCUUUCUCGACCAAUGGAUUGCAGAUUGCAACAUAAAAGUGUUCAAACUAAGCCUUUCUUUUACUUACGACCAGCCCUGGGCAUUCUUCUUUUCCGAGUCCCUCGAAGAACUACACCUGCGCGAAUGCAAGCUGAGCCCAGUCGAGAGUGUGCGGUUCAAAAGUCUGCGCACGCUCACCCUCGAACGGGUCCAAGUUGAUUGUGGGACUUUCGAGACAAAAACCUUGGGAUGCCCUUUGCUCACGCGUCUGGUCCUUAACAACUGUCGGGAGUUGAGAAACGUUAGGUUGAGCGAGGCGCCUGGGCUCAAGCACUUUGAAUUGUUUGAUUCCGAGAGGAGGGAAGGGGGUAGCAUCGAAAUCGAUGUCCCGAAUCUCGAGACGUGUGGGGAAGGCGUGGAUGAGGGGUUACCUGCUGCAGGGGCCACUGGGCACCGGAAAGUCGAGCCUACUGGCGGAAAUUGCCAACUACCUCAAGUUCGCUGUGUUACCUACCUCGCGAGUUUGUACAUCAACUCGGUGCUAAUUAAGAGGCAGCUACUGAGCACGAAUAACCGGUUGAUGAUAGUUAUUGAGGAUGUUGAUUGCAGCACACAGAUGCAUGAUAGGGAAGGAGACUCGGACGACGACUACUACUACAACAAAGAGCCGCGCCACAGGUAUUCCGAAAAAUUGAAACAAAACUUUGUCUCGUUCGUCGAUGGAACCCUACAAAGAUACCUUGAUCAAAACCUCUCCCUACACAAACUCCAUCUCGACUUUUCGGACCCCAACUCACCACCAGUCGUCUCCCUUCUUGACAAAUGGAUCCCGAUAAUAGCCGCCCUCAACAUAAAAGCUUUCAAACUCAACUUUCAUAAAUAUACUCCGCCAUAUUACAACCUACCAUCGGCAGUCUUCUUUUCCGAGUCCCUCGAAGAACUACACCUGAACAAAUGCAGGCUGAGCCCAGUCGAGAGCGUGCGGUUCCAAAAUCUGCGCACGCUCACCCUCGAACGGGUCCAAUGUGGGGAAGGCGUGGAGGAGGGGUUACCUGCUGCAGGGGCCACUGGGCACCGAAAAGUCGAGCCUACUGGUGGCAAUUGCCAACUACCUCAAGUUCGCUGUGUUACCUACCUCGCGAGUUUGUACAUCAACUCGGUGCUAAUUAAGAGGCAGCUACUGAGCACGAAUAACCGGUUGAUGAUAGUUAUUGAGGAUGUUGAUUGCAGCACACAGAUGCAUGAUAGGGAUGGAGACUCGGACUACUACAACAACGAGCCGCGUCACAGGUUAAAAGCUAACAGAAAUUCAAUUGAAACAUGCCAAACUUUGCAUCAUCUUUUAGUUUGGAAACAAUUGACCUUAUUGGGCAUGCUGAACUUUAUAGAUGGGCUAUGGUCCAGCAGCGGAGACGAGAGGAUAAUUAUUUUCACCACCAACUACAAAGAAAAGCUCGAUCCAGCGUUUUUUGAAAUCAAAGAGUUGAUUCGAGAAGUUGAGAUAACUCCAACAGAGAUUGCAGAGCAGUUGAUGAGGAACGAGGACCCCGAUCUCACCCUCGAGGGGGUGCUCGAUUUGUUGAAGCAAAAUAAAGAAGAGAAGAAUGUAGAAAUCAAGAAGACUGAGGCUAAGAAAGAUGAGAUUUGUGGAUAUUUUGAUGGAGGUGAAACCGCCCUCAACAUAAAAGCUUUCAAACUCGACUUUCUAAUUUCAUAUACUCCGCCAUAUUACAACCUACCAUCGGCAGUCUUCUUUUCUGAGUCCCUCGAAGAACUACACCUGAACAAAUGCAGGCUGAGCUCAGUCGAAAGCAUGCAGUUCAAAAGUCUGCGCACGCUCACCCUCGAACGGGUCCAAGUUGAUGGCGGGACUUUUGACACAAAAACGUUGGGAUGCCCUUUGCUCAUUCGCCUGGUCAUUAAUGAUUGUUGGGAGUUGAGAAACGUUAGGUUGAGCAAGGUGCCUGGGCUCAAGCACUUUGUAUUAUUUGAUUCCGAGAGGGUGGAAAGCCGUGCGCGUAGCAUUGAAUUGGAUAAUUACGAGCGAAGCAUCGAAAUCAAUGUCAUGAAUCUCGAG